CCAUGGAAACCAGAGAGAUAUUUCCCCAUUUCUUCAGUCGCUCUGAUAUAUUUUUUUGUCUGAAAAAGGAAGGGAAGGGGUGGGGUGAGGUGAGGUGAGGUGAGGUGAGGUUGACGACCAUUGGAACAAUGAACGUGGAGGAAGAGGUAGAGCGACUUAAGGAAGAAAUUAAGCGACUCGGUCAGAUGCAACCAGAUGGUUCUUACAAGGUCACUUUUGGCACACUAUUCCAUGAUGAUAGGUGCGCAAACAUUUUCGAAGCAUUGGUUGGAACCCUUAGGGCAGCAAAGAAACGGAAGAUUGUAGGAUACGAUGGUGAGCUACUACUACAGGGAGUUCAUGACAAUGUAGAGAUUACUCUCAAACCCUUGCUACCGGCAACUACUGCUGCAACAACUGCAGUAACCACUACAGCAGUGGUAUAAUAUUGAAUGCAAAGAUUGGGAUAUUGCAUCUUGACAACUUUGUUUGGGAAUGAAAGUACCAUUAUUAGAUAAAAAUGUGUGAUGCAUUCUAUUCUUCUAUCUUGAUGACUGGUGAAUUUCCCUUGGUUUAUAAAUGAUAUGGGUACAAUUAUAAGUCCCAUUUGAUUUGUAAAAACCAAGAUUUGUAGCUAUCAGCUUCUUGCUUCUUUGGAUAUUUUUUUCCCAUUUAUGACUGAAGUUAUGGUAGAAAAUGCCAUGGAUGAUUGCAA